AUGGAAAAUAAAGCUCCUCGAAAACGGCCCAAUCAAUCUUCAGAAGGUGAACAAAAGAAGCGGGUCGUGUUGGGGGAGCUCACUAACAUACUGUGUAAUGUUCCCCCGGCGACCCAAAACUCGGCUGUGACGAAAACCCAGAAGAUCGAGACCGAGUCUUUAACUCAGAGGGCUCGAAACGGGGGGAAUUCAGGCUUGGAGUGUAAGCCGCAAAAUUUUGGAUAUGCUGCUUCCAUAUUUCAGCAUCUACACUCCUUGGAGGUUGAGGUGAAAAGGAGGCCUUUGUUUAAUUACUUGGAAAAAGUUCAGGAGGACAUAAAGCCAGCUAUGAGGGCCAAACUGAUUGACUGGCUAGUUGAGGUUGCAGAGGAGUAUAAACUCGUUUCAGACACAUUGUAUCUCACUGUAAAUUAUAUAGACCGAUACCUUUCGACCCAUAAGCUGCUCAGAAAUAAGCUUCAGCUUCUUGGUGUAUCUUGCAUGCUUGUCGCAUCAAAACACGAAGAAAUCAAACCCCCACACAUAGAAGAUUUUUGCUAUAUGACGGACAAUACGUAUACAAAAGAUGAGGUUGUGAAUAUGGAGAGAGAAGUUCUCAAAAUGUUAGAUUUUGAGAUGGGUAACCCAACAUCCAAAACAUUUCUCAGAAUUUUUACCAGGGUUGCUCAGGAAAAACUCGUGUUUUCAAAUCUCCAGUUCGAUUUCUUAUGCUAUUAUCUUUCGGAGCUAAGUUUAUUGGAUUACAGCUGUGUCCGCUACAUUCCAUCAAUGGUAGCUGCCUCAGCUAUCUUUCUUGCAAGACUGAUUAUGCAGCCAGAAUCUCGCCCAUGGACCCAGGCAUUGCAAAAGCACACAGGUUACAAACCAUACGAACUGAAAGAGUGUGUUUUCAGUCUUCACAAUCUGUUUCUUAAAUGUGAAACAUAUACACAAGCUGUCAGGCAGAAGUAUUUGGAUCACAAGUUCAAGUGUGUGGCCUCAAUGAAUCCUCCCUUGGAGAUCCGUUCGAGCUUUUUUGAGAUUCCACUCGAAUGA